ACAUCGAUGAGUGUGACAGACAGCCGUGUGGUAACGGCACCUGUAAGAACACGGUGGGCUCCUACAACUGCCUCUGCUUCCCCGGCUUCGAGCUCACGCACAACAACGACUGCAUGGACAUCGACGAGUGCAGCGCUCUGCAGGGCCAGGUGUGCAGGAACGGGCAGUGCAUCAACGGGAUGGGGUCCUUCCAGUGUCUCUGCCACGAGGGCUACGAGAACACUCCGGACGGGAAGAACUGUGUCGAUAUCAAUGAGUGUGUGAGCCUCCCCGGCACCUGCUCUCCAGGAACUUGUCAGAACCUGGACGGAUCUUUCAGAUGUAUCUGUCCUCCUGGCUACGAGGUGCAGAACGACCAGUGUAUAGAUAUCAACGAGUGUGAGGUGGAGCCCAACAUCUGCCAGUUUGGCGCCUGCACCAACACCCCCGGCAGCUUCCACUGCACCUGCCAGCCGGGCUUCGUCCUCUCGGAGAACAAGCGGCGCUGCUACGACACCAGAGAGAGCUUCUGUUUCACUUCAUUUGAGGCGGGGAAGUGCUCCGUCCCCAAAGCUCUGAACACCACCAAGGCUAAGUGCUGCUGCAGCAAGAUGCCCGGAGAGGGCUGGGGGCUGCCCUGCGAGCUGUGCCCCCGAGAGAGCGAAGCAGCUUUUGACACACUCUGUCCUUUCGGGCACGGCGCCCUGCCUGGACUCGGCGAUACUCGUGAAGACAUGAACGAGUGUCUGGACAACCCGGGCAUCUGUCAGAACGGGAUCUGCAUCAACACAGACGGCUCGUUCCGCUGCGAGUGUCCCUUCGGUUUCAACCUGGAUUACACCGGGGUCAACUGUAUUG